AAACUGUGUCGGAUGAAAAUCAGUCGCGGGAAGGAGGUAACUUUCCGAAUAAUUUCCUUCCCCCCUUUUUUGUUUUUUUCUUUCGAUUUCCGCGCGAAGGGAAGGUUGAAUAAAGUCCAUUCUCGGAGGUCGCCCUUGAGAGGGAGAGAAAGGGGAGAGAUUCAAGGAGGAGAAGAGAGAAGAGAAGAGAAAGAAAAAGUGAGUGGGAGUUCGUACGGAAUGAAUACGGAGGAGAACAAGGCUACUGCUGUGACCACAGUUGAGGACAAACAGCUAUCCAGAAUACCAAAGUCAAAGCCAAGUACGCCCAAGAUAGGAAAGCCUGUCCGUUCAUUUAUCACAGGCAAUUCUCCUCUGCUGCAAAUCCCAGUGAACAAGCUGAGUCGCAAGCCCAUCCAGGAGAAGGAAGACAAGCCACAGUUAAAAGAAGCAGGAGUCACAGAGGACAAAGAGAACAACUCAGCCAUGGAAGCAGAAAAUGGGAUCGUGGACAGAAAGCGAGCUCUGUCCCCAGGGAAUGAGGUGGAGACACCCAGGAAGAGGUCUAAGAAGGAGGAGGAAGGUGUGAAGAAAGAGGUAAAUGUGAUGCAGAGAAAGAAACCCUCGGUGACAGAGGACGACAUCAAGAACAUCCUUAACAAAGAGUCAGAAGAUGAUGACUCUGGCCUGAGCAGGUUGGAUAGCUCAGAGGAAGAGUCAGGGGAGGAGAAUGCGGCACAGAGGAAAGCCAGUACUAAGUCGGACUCCAAGAAGGGUAACAAAUCCAAUGAGGAUUCGGGCUCUGAUGAGCCCCUGGCAAUGAAAGCCCCCAAGACUAAAGCACAGAAGAAGGAACCUAAUGAGGACUCAGGACAGGAUCUUUCUGAGCCCAAAGCAGAACCAGCAAAGAGUUCCAAGAUGUUAUCUGAGGACUCUAGCGAAGAUGAAGAAGAGGUGCCGAAAAAGAAAAAGUCCACACAGGCAUCAGCAAAAGGCAAGAAUACCAAAAAGAAGAACAAGGCAAGGAAAGGUGAUGAUUCUGAUGAUUCUGAUGACGAUGAACCUCUUGUGAAGAGCAGAGGGAGGCCAAGGAAAUCCAGCAAAGCCUCCUUGCGUGAGUCUAGCUCAGAAGGAUCAUCAAGUGAGUCAGAGUAUGAGCCUGAGGCCAAGAAGGGAGGCAAAAAAAACUAAGGCCAAACAAAAGAGCAAGGCAGCAGCC